GGAUGCGUGCACACGCUGGUUGAAGCGCUUUAAGAAUCGCCAGGCCAGUCGGAGAGGAGCACAUCCGUCCGGUCCUCUCCUCAUGGUGCUCGGUGCAUGUGCUUGUGGCGGAGGCGCUCAUGCGUGGACGAGCGUGGAUCGCGAUGAUUUGACCGUAAAACCGCGACUAACAGCGCCGUUAUUAAUAAUGAUGGAUUACGAAGGGGGGGCGGGGGGGGUCACUGGAUCCACACUCGCGUUGUUUUGUUUCAUCCACGACUCGCCGUGCGUUUCUGGUGUGGAGAUCAGCGGGGCGUUUAUCUCCAGGAACGUCGUGUUUGCUGGUGUUGCGCUUUUGGACACUGCGCACGGUUUCACCCAGCGGAGCUCCCAGAACUUGUUCAUAAAGCAGAAAGUAUUGAAACGAUCGAAGCGGGAUAUGCGUAGAAGUCAGGUGGAGACAAAAUAUGUCCAGUUUUAGAUUUAGGAGCUGGGGUUUUAUGGUCACGUGCUUCUAUUGACAAACAAGUAAUGUAGAAACCGUUGCACGUAGACACACUAUAUGAGUAAAAUGUUUAUAUAAUUGAAGUUAUACCUUAAUGGGUAUAAGAUGUGCAGAACUAAUGCAUUUUGAGUUGUGCAGGUUAAUUUAUUUAAUUGAAACAAAGUUGUAGUGUGUUUUUAUAGUAUGAUAAGUAUAUUUACAUGUGAAGCUAAAACAGUAUGAAACCCUAAGACAAUAUUCAACCUUUUUGUAUGUUUGACAAUUCAGGGUUCUGGUUUUGGUUCAGGUUGAGAACUGAGACCAAGUCCUUGUUCAGUUGGAAUGUACAGACGUUCAUGCUGUACAUGUGUGAAUGAGCAUAUCUCUGUUCCACUCUGACACAAUGGAGAUGGCCAGUCUAACCUUGAGGAGGAAUAUGAAUGGGUAUGUAGGACACAAGUGCGGAUAACAAAUCCGCACUUGUCACUUGGCACUUUAGUCCACUAAUCCCGGACUAAAAUAAAAAGUUUGGUCAAAGUAUUAGGCUGCAUAUUUGUGAUACUUUACUAAUUGAAGAUGAGAGAAUGUUAUUGGCACACACCUCAUUUGCAUUUCUAGGCCUAACACAUCCUUAAAACCACCCAUGUUUAGUGUAUGUGUCAAACCAGGAUGCAACCUGGCUGUCUGCUUUAAUGAACAUUCUAAGGUAACACAGUGGAAGCUGACUGCAACAGUUUAAUGAUGUCAGCGUAUGAUUCAGUCAGUUUAAUGAUGUAUUGUUGUGUUCAGUCACUGAGUCAGCUUGUCAAGCCAGCGUGCAGGUUAAGUCAAUCAACAAACCCAUUGACUUCCUGGUCAUGUAACUAUUAAGUAUGGAAACCAGGCAACUAGAAAAUCAGUGUCAUCUACCAUGUCCACUCGUGGUUCAGGCUGAGUCAGUCCAGUCACCUGCAGGAGCUCACAAAUUAUUUGGCAGGUGUAAGAACACAGCCCAAAGAAGUGUUUGCUGUGUUGGCUGUUAGGAAAGAUUGUUGAGAAAGUUUGCCUGUGCUGAAAACACACCAGCAAACUCAUAAUAGAUGUCCCUUGUUACAGGGCAGGAUUCCAGACCACAGGAAUUGCGUUGUUACUUUGCCAUCUGAAGUUCCCUCUCAUCAUAUACAAGUGAAAUAUCGUGCUGCUCUCACAGCCCUGGUCUGAACUCUUCAUUAGGUGUUCCGUAUUUUCAUUCAGAUCUGCUCCCACUUCCUAUUCGUUUUGCAUUAAUUUACUUGAUUCUUGCUUUUCAUGAAGACUACACACUCAGUGUAUUAUGUGAAAUUAUGUUAGUGAGUUUUAGAAAAAGGUCCCUGACUGUGUUGUGGCAUGAUCAGGUGAUGAACGCUAUUACAACAAAUCAAGUGGAUCCUGGACUUUGACUCGUCUCAUGUUUCACUACAGAAAUGUGUUCAGAAACAGAUGUUUUGGCUCUCAGUUGUUUUGCUAUAGUAUUUCAGCGUUGCAUAUUUGUUCACAACUUAAUUUGCAAUUUGUGUACCCUCGGGUGUUUCCCCAUUCAAAACAAAUCUGUGCAGUAUGGAUUAAUGGUGUUUCCCAAUAUAGUAGUGUAAUAUUUCUAUACGCAGGGGCAACUGGUGUGUUUAUAUCAGAUUAUUUAAAGCACACACACAGCGUCAUCAUCAGUGAGACCAAUUCAUUGAAAGCCACUGUACUGUUUUUUUUUGUCAUCUACAGUGAAUCAGCCUACUUAAUUAGCCAGUGUAUUUAACUGGUGGUCAUUUACACUGGUUUGUAGCAGAAGCUUAAUAAACGUAUACAUGUCUACAAGUCUAGUGAGAGAAUUAGCAUAGUGAUAAAAUGUCCACUUUUAGAAACAGCUCCCAUCACUGAUAGGUUUUAUUUCACUCUAAGUGUAAUGUGGUUUCACUGGAGGUACUUUGGGCCUUUUGUGCAUUAAGGUUGUAUUAUAUCAGUAAUGCAGCACCUUCUUAAUACAAAUGUAUUUUAUGAUUUAACAAUAUAGUAAAAUAUGUGCUUACACAGUAUGUUCAUCAUCACUAACCUGAAAGAUUAGAAAUAAUAACUUGUCUUGCAAGCUGCAAAUAAAGCAAGAGAAAGGUGAAAGGUCAUAGGACCUCUACUAUUUGCUAAUGCCAAAAAGAGGUAAAUUUAUGAGCUGUAAUUAGGUCACAUCACACCUGUCUUCAGGUCAGUUGUCAGCGCUGGUCUGUAAGAAGUUAGCAUCAUGUCAGAGACUGUGGACUCCCUUCAUUAGGAGGAUGUGCUGCCAGACCAUCCAUGUGCAUCCAGUUGAAUUAACUGAGAGGCCAACUGACAACUGGUUCCCAAGUAUCAGCUCUUGAUCAUGCAAACGUUUAAAAACAAUAUUAUAACUGAAUGAAAAAUGACUUAUGGUUCUUUAUUGGUCUUUAUUGCUGUGAUUUAAGUGAAGCGAACGUUCUUCCUUAUGUGUUGUCUGCUAAGGAGCAAAUGAGAUCUGUGAAGAUCUGUUCCCAAAUGGAAAUGGCUUAAACAAAUUGAUUUCUGUCUAGGAACAGAAUUCACUGUGGAUUAUCAUUGGAGAUCAAAUGUAAACAUAUUUAUAAAAGAUGUAGCACUAGACAGUGAAUCUUUGUUUGAGUAUAUUUGAGUAUUAUGGUUAGGAUGUGCAUCAGACGUUCUCUGCAGCAAAUGUCAAAUAUCGUGCUGGUCCAGUAUGUGAAUAUAACCUGAAAAAUGUAAGGCCAAGAGAUUUCCUGGAAAGUCUAGCUUCAGUGAAAUGGGUACUGAUGGUGUGACUCAUGAAGCUGGGUCAGUUACCAGGUGAUUUGUUCAAGUUUAUAUUGGUGUAGAGGAAAGGAGAAGAUUAUUUUUAGAGUUAUUGUUGGAUAGUAAAAAAUCAGACAUUAUAAAUCUAUCAUGUCUUCAAGAGCUUCAUGUUGUCCACCGUUGUUCUGAUGUUACCCUCAUCAUCAGCAGUUGUUGAACACAUAAUAGACUGAAGAAGAAUGAAGGAAAUGGCAUUUUCAAACAAUUUUGUUAUUGAUCUGAAACUGUCUCGUAUGCAACAGGAAGUCGUUUUCUUUCUCAACGUCAUCUCAGAUACAGGAUGUUGUCUGGAUGUGUUUUUGAAAUCUGUAUGUAGAGCAGGCUAUCAUUGAUGAUGUGCUGUCCAGUGUGUAAGUGUUAGAUGUUUUGGUUUAAUUUAUCUAAAGGACACUACGAAUGAACAAAAGCCCAAUAUCCCAUGUGUCUGUUUUCCAAAUACUCGGUAAUAAGGAAAAGGCCGAGUGCAGUUUGGGGGUUGGAUAAAGAAUGCCAUGCUUCCCCUAAUGUUCAGUUCGAGUCCAGGAUACCUUCACUCUCAUUACCUGUGUCAGAAUGGGAGUCACUACAUCACAACCACGUCUGUCUGUCACCAUGGAAACGGGAGAGUCCUUUUUGUUAGUAUGAGUGAGUAUAUUAUUAGCAUGUGUGACUGGAUGGUUAAACCUGUGUGUGUUCAUCUUGUGAUCUAAGGAACUAGUGUAAGUGUUCUGUACUGCUUGUCCACGCAGGGGGGGGGCUGUGAGCGCUAGCAGAUCUGCUACUGAAACACUAAUUGGCUGCCGUUGGUCCAGGGUUGAGAUUUGCAACCAUCUCGACGCUGUGGUACAGUCCGUAUCAGAUUCCCGGGAUGAACCAUAUCCAUCACCAUAUGAAACAGAUGCUGUGGGUGUAAAUGAAGAAGACUUGGUUCUGUACCAUGAUUCUAAGCAGUAAGGGGUAGUGGCCCGUUGCCAUAUGAGUGUGUAGUGGUAGACAGGCUAAGACUGGCUGGUCCUGGUUCCCCGUUGUAGGUAUUGGCUAGUGUUAAUCUCCCUGCCAGCUAUAAAUAGAACGUAGGUGCGUAACAAAUGAAUAAGUCUGAUCUUAAUUGUGUGAGAACAGAAAUUAUUUUCUCUUGGAAAACUUUAACGCCCUCAGGUCAUAGACCACCUGUAGCAUGUCUUCUUUGUCUUGAUGUUAUGAUGCCGCUGUGGUUUGUCACAUUACGUGUCUGUGUCUGGAUAAAUGAUAUGCAGUUCACCUAACAUAACACUGCCCACAUUUGUUCUCUGCAUAUUUGGCUUCAUUUUCAAUCAUUUCUGUUCGUCAAUUUCCUAAAUACUGUGUCCUUCACACUUUACAAAGGGAGGUCUUAAGACCCUACAGAAGAAAAGACUACAAAGAAAACAAAUGCUGCUUGACAGAGUCCUAAGGCAGCUGUGACUAGUGUUACUAUGUAACUCUAAUCAGAACAGUCAGCGUUUAGUCAUUUAUCUCUAACACUGUUAUUGCAGGUAAUCUAGUACAUGCAGUUGUAAAAAUGUACCUUUUUGCUUCUUUAGCUUGUUCAUGUUCAAUCUGAUCUGUUCACACGCUUCUGUGACGCUUUUGUCUGGUGGUGCCGAGUAUCGAGGAGUUUUCAAGUGGAAGCACACUUUAUACACGACCUUUGUCUCCCUCUGCUGGGGAUUCAGAAGAGCUACAACACGAUUGUACGACAUCAACUGUGUCACGAAGCAUCUAAGGGUGUGUGCUGGUACUGAACGUGUGGCGCAGCAGGCCAGCCUUGGCAGCAUGGUGAAGGCCCAGAAGUCAUCUGGGAGGAAGAGCUCUCACUGCCUCCGCAGACAGAAUAGUGGUCAGAUGGAGACGGAGGAAGGCCAGUCAGACACCCAGCAUCCAACACAGAUGCUGCCCCAGGAGGGAGAUCAGUCUUCUGAUCAAAUCCAACUUCCGACUACUGCCUCUGGUGAGCCUCUGUUGGAGAACUGGGUCCAGAAGGACGCUCCAAUGAAUGUCCAGGAAAAGGCAGAUCCCGCUGCCCAGACCCAGCCCCAGGCUAAGCCUCUGUGGAGGCCCAUUCCCCCUCUGCUGCCUGAGCGCUGCCAUUACACCACCAUUGAAACCAGGGACCAGAGCUGCCAAACUGAUGAAACCAGCCACGGCCAUAACACAGGUGUGUGUGUUGAACCUGGCGAUCCUCCCCUGCUCCAGCAGCCUUUGCAGACCUCCAAGUCUGGAAUUCAGCAGAUAAUUGAAUGCUUCCGCUCAGGCACCAGCCAGCUGAAACACAUGCUGCUGCGAGAAGUGGACACCAUCUUUGAGUGUAAAGUGUGUCGCAGUCUGUUCAGAGGCCUGCCCAACCUCAUUACACAUAAAGAGUACUACUGUCUCUCCCGCCUGCCUGACUCUGACGGUUCACCAGGUGAUGACAGACAGAGUGUAGCUGUGAAGGAUUUACUGGAUACCAUAUAUCCCAGAGCGGACCGUCCAGACUACGUGGUCCGACUGGAGCCCAUUCAGACCACCACCAAGGCUGUGUACCAGUACAUCACCACAGAGGAGGAGCUGACUAAGUUUCCCUCACGUACCCCCAGUGCCAGAGAGAGUCCAGUUGCGUGGACUGCAGAACCAGUGGAGGGGGAGGACAACAACCAGACGAGCCAGCCUGGUGGGCAAGAUGGUGACAGCAGCCCAGGGCCCAAUCCGGGACAGAGAAGAUGGGAGCCUGAAGAGGAGACUAAAGAGGACCAGCCACAGCCUGAGGAAGAGGAGGCCACCAGUGGGGUCGAGGAUGUGACGAUAUCUUGUUGCCUUUGUGGCCAGGACUUUAAUUCUCGUCGCAGCAUCAGGCGUCACUGCCGCAAAAUGCAUCAAACUAAACUUGAGGAGCUCCGGAAAUUCACAGAGACAAGGACCGUUCCUACAAGCCUGCUGUCUAUGGUGAAAGGAGGUCGGCCGAGGACUCUCAGCACACCUACUGGGAAGUCCUGCCCAGUGUGCCUGAAAACCUUUGCCACCAAAGCCAACGUGCGGCGUCACUUUGACGAAGUGCAUCGAGGCCUCCGGAGAGACACCAUCACGCCCAGCAUCGCCUCACGGCCCGGCCCGCCCUUCUCUCUGGAAGUCACCCCCCCUCGGAAGAGCAACAACGCCUCCCCGACACGUGGCCAAAACUCUAAAACAACGCCUUCAAACCAAAACCAGUCCAAACCUCAGAAUCAGCUUCCAGCCUCUCCACAGACAAACCCCACCUCAUGUCGCUGCACGUUGUGCAAAAGGAACUACAGCUCACAGCUCAUGUUAAAGAGACACAUGCGCAUUGUCCACAAAGUCUACAGCAUCAAAAGUAAUAGGUCAGGUUCCACGAAUGACACACAAACGACUCCUAACAGCAGCAGCACCAACACGAGUUCAAGCAACAAUGUUAGAGUCAAGGAGGAAGCAGUAGAACGCUCAGAUGAAGAUGAUGAGGAUAACGAAGAAGAGGAAGAGCUCGACAGCAGCUCGGCUCCUUCUCCAAGCGACAGCACUGGGACACCAAAAGGCGCCUCUGCUGCACAGAACCCCCUGAAAGUGAAGGAGGAGGAGCCCCCGUCCAGCCCAAAGGUGGCCACAUCCUCAUCCUCGUCUUCCUCACGUGGCGGCAACAUGUGCAGCGGGGGCAUGGCGGCCAAAAUGACCAAGCUGUCGGUGGGCUUUGACUUCAAGCAGCUCUUCUGCAAGCUGUGCAAACGUCAGUUCAGCUCGCGUCAGAACCUGACCAAGCACAUCGAGCUGCACACGGACGGCAACGACAUCUUCAUCAAGUUCUACCGCUGCCCCCUGUGCCGCUACGAGUCGCGGCGCAAGCGCGACGUCCUGCGCCACGUGACCGUGGUCCACAAGAAGUCCUCGGCCUACUUGGCCAAGAUCAUGCCCAAGCUGGAGAGCAGGGCGGUGAAGCGUCUGGCCGAGGCCGUGCUCAACAGCGCCUACUCCAACAAGCGGACGGGGGCCAAGGAGGAGGUCAACGGACGCCACGCCCCCUCCUCCUCCUCCUCCUCGCCCUCGCACCCCGUCACUCGCAAGCAGGAGUGCUCCGCGGCGGCCCCCGCCUCCUCGGCGCCUUCGUCCCCGGCUCCGCCUCCCGCCCCCGUCACUCGGAAACAGCAGGAGCUCUCGUCCCUGGCCUUCAACCCCUCACCUCCCGUCACCCGCAAGCAGGAAAGGCAGCAGAUCCACCGGCAGCGCUCCGUCAGCCCGCCGCUGACCCGCCGCAGCGAGAAGCACACGCAGCAGCGCCACUCCUCCGCCCUGCCCAACAACCAGCCACCUCACACCCGGCGGCACGACGCCCAGGACAGCACGGAGACGUCCUCCACCGAGGUCCGGGUGACCAAGAACUUCUCCCUGCACGCCUGUGACCAGUGUGGACGGGCCUUCGCCAAGAAGCUCUACCUGGAGUCUCAUAAGCGGAGUCAUCGUAAUGCAGUGACUACAGCAGCCAGCAGGAGGAAAGGCGUCAGCACUCGCUCCAAGUCCCUGGUGUGGUGACAGACACAGAUCAGUGCGGAGUAAUGGACGAAGCUACUAAUGAAGAAGUCGAUCAAAACAUUCAAGAAGUCCUGAAUGAGUACGGAGUGGUGAUGAGGGAAGCAAAUGGAAGAGUGAAGCAUAAGGGACGUUUCCUUUCUGCUUGUGAACCAAAUAUAUUGUUGGAAUCUGACAUUGUUUUGUUUAUAGGUUCUUUAUGAAGCCAGCCAGCUUGCUGGAGGGCGGCGCUGCUAUGUUGUUAUUUAACUACUGCUUUAUGUAUCUGUAACAACCUACUACAGUAUGUAAACCUAGAUCCAGAUGCAGAUAACUGCACUGCUUGUGUUUCUGUAAGCUGCCUUUAGCAAAGAGAUGAAGGUGUGUGUGUGCGUGCGUGUGCUAAAGGGAGGAAAUCACAACCCGAUGAACAUCAAUUCAGCUUUUUUCUAGAUUCGUAUUUAUUUUCUUAACUCUUCGCGUAGAGGAGCUGCUCUGUCUCUCUUCUUUGACAUUCACCAGUCUAGCAGCCCAGUGUGGUCGCCCUGUUCCACUGAGCAGCCCGCUGUCCACCUGGUUUGAAGACCAGUCUCUGAAUCUUAGUUUUAGCCCACACAUUGUGUUCACACAUACAGAUAUGAGCAGCCACUACCUGACUAACUGGAUACACACUAAUGGCAAGUGGGUUUUUUCCAGACUCGAAGACAUUUCCUUCUUAUUUCUAAUUCCUGCAGGAUGAUUAACGCAUGUUCUUUAUGUUUCCGCUGCAGUCAAUAUGUUGAUGAUCUGACCAGUUACCACUGAGUCAGGCCUUUGGGUCUGGAUGUGUGAACAUCUUGUCAGGAAGUAGGACUAAAUCAAGUUCAGGUGCCCACAGUUGGAAAGGGUGGCUGCUCACAAGUGCUUGGAACCACAAACCUAUUCUGAGUGUGUGUUGAUGUCUGGAAGUGAACCACUGGGAAACGCCAGUGUUCUGUGAAUACUUUAGAGUUUUUGACAGCAGUUUAUUAAUUGCAUAAACCGGCGCUCCUUUACUGACUGGUUAACAAGCAUUGACGUAGAGUUAAGGUCCUGUGUGUGUGUGUGCGUGUGUGUGUGUGUGUGUGUGUGUGUGUGUGUGUGUGUGCGCGCAUAAUUUUUAAUACCACCUUUAUGAAUUCCUGUGAUUGGACUGAUUUUGUGCUCGUUAAGCGUGUUUCCUUUCGUGUGACCCUGUCGUACCUUUUAAAUAUUAGCUGAUAAAUCAGCCACAGAAACAGUCUGAUUAUAAAAGGCUGUUCCUAUUAAACUAUGUGAAGCAACGCUUCAGUAAAACUGAGCGCUCCACUCUGGAACGAGGCAGCCACUGGGAGCGAGACCAUUUUAACUCAUUAGUUAUAAAGACUGAAGGACGUUGUAAUGAUGACAGUGAAAGGUGGUUUAUAGAAAUCAAAUAAUGUUGGCUUCACAUUCAUUUUCCAGAUGCAAAUUUGGUUUUGGAAUAUUACACUUGAUGUUAAGUCUAAGAUCAAGCUAGCAAAUGAGCAGCAUUGUUGCCCCCUACAGGCUUAAUCACUGCAGUCAUACAGUGAGCAGGUCAACAGGACCACAUGGUAUGAGGACUAAUGUGUGUAUGUAACACACACUGCUUAUGUUGUUGUUUUUUGUUUAUUGGCCAGUCAGCCCUGAAACAACCUGGUUGUCUCAACUUCAGUGCCUAUGUAGCAGCAGGUGGAAGAGGUUUGACUUCAAAAAGGGGCCAAAAGGUUAAAUGGGGUGAAGCUGCACCCGUGGUGAGAUAAACACAUUUGCUGAGUUUAUGUUUUUAACUUAACAGGAGACUGUACUUCUGAACCGUAUCUAUUUCAUCUCAUAUGUUUUACUGUACGAUGCACAAGUCGCACCCGAACAUGAGGGGGGCUGAGUGUCCAUGGGUAGUCUUUGAAGCACUGGCACGAGAAGGAAAGACUGAGGAUGACCAAAUGUAGAAUUGUCUUAAUGUUGAACCUGAAAGCCAUGACAUGGAACAAAACCAGAGCAACGGAAAGACCAAACUUUAUUUUUAUACCUGAAAACACAACAAGGUCUUGAAAUGUGUGUAUAUAUAGAUUCAUCCUACGCGGAUGGUAUAAAUGCUAGUUAUAAUAGUCACAAUAGUUACCAACUUGUACCUAACUGUUGAUUGACCGUAUACUUUGAACAUGUCUGCCAUUGUUUAUUACUGAGUUGUCUUUAAUGUCUCCUAUUCCUUUUGAAGGAAGUAGCGUUUUUUGUUCAGAUGUGUCAAAGAGAACAGGAAUAAAACCUCAAGAGACUCGUAGAACUUUUAUUUACAUUGUCUUGUUUUUUUUUUAUCAUCAUCAUCAGUUGUAAUAUGUUGUUAAGCUCAGCUUCUAGAAAACCAGGUAGAAGAAGCUUUUCAGAUGUGAGAAGAAUGUUAAAACCAACCACUUAAUAAAUAAACUGCUUCAGACUUGCAA